AUGGCUUCAGAAGACCUCCUUUUCCGUGUUUCCUCACUCCUGGAAGCCGAUCCUGGCCUCCCUCACUCCCAACCAACCGCAGCAUUCUGGCAGUCGCCGCCUCAUGAGCUCCCUGCACCAAACUCAACGCAGCUCCCCUCAGCAGCAACCACCGUGGUGAUCGGCUCGGGCAUCACCGCCUGCAGCCUUGUCAAGGCGCUGCUUGAGAAAGAUCCUAACGCAGACAUUGUCGUCUGCGAAGCCCGGGGCCUAUCCAGCGGCGCCACUGGCCGUAAUGGCGGCCACCUUGUCUCAUCGGCCGUCGCCGACUUUUCUUCAUUGCAAGCUACCUUCGGCACCGAGAUGGCGGUGAAGAUUGCCUGCUUCACUUUGGAGAAUGUGGAGCGCAUGUUCGAGGUUGCCAAGGAACUUGGGCCCGAAAUUGAGGCGGCGAGUGAGUUGAGGCGCGUGGACAAGGUUUUGGCACUGCGGGACGCCGAGGCCGUCGAGAAGCUGAGGAAGUCGAUGGAAGCAUUCGAGAAGAGCAUGCCCGAAAAGUGGAAGGGGCAGAUGAAGCUGGUGGGGAAGGUCGAGCUGGAGGAGAGGUACAAGCUGCGUAACGUCGCUGGCGGCGGCAUCGUCAAAGGGGGAGCACUAUGGCCCUACCGUCUGAUCUGUCGCGCUUGGUCCCAUCUCCUCACCCAAAACCCCAGUCGCCUUCGCAUCGAGACCCAGACGCCUGUCACCUCUGUCACCUCCAACUCCGACCCCGCUUACCCGUACCUCAUCACUACCUCUCGUGGCGCCAUCUCAGCCAAGGAAGUCGUCCACUGCACCAACGGCCACACCGGUCACCUGCUCCCUCGUCUCCGCGGCACGCUCUUCCCUCUCCGCGGGACCAUGACCGUGCAAGACUGCGGCCAAUCUUUCCCAAAAGAGGGCGACUCCCGAACGCUCAGCUUCUACGGCACCGUGCAGUUCGACUGCGUGACCGAAGUCUUCGAUCUCGGCCUGCAUUACAUGCAGCAGAACGCCGUGACCGGCGACAUCUUCAUCGGUGGCGAGACGGCUCGUGCGACUGACCUAUUGAACAGCGACGACAGCCGUGUCUCAGAGAGCUCAAUAAAGACGUUGGAGAACGUGCUUCCAGAGGAGUUCAGAGACGAAGUCUUUGAGAAGGAUGACCAGGGAGGACCGCACGUCAAGAGCAAGUGGUCCGGAAUCAUGGGCUUCACGGCCGACGGCGUGCCGCUUGUGGGCCGCUUGCCGAAGGCUGCUACCGGUCGUACCAGUAAUGGAGAGUGGAUCGCGGCCGGUUUCAACGGGUACGGUAUGGGUAAUUGCUGGCUGACCGGCGAAGCCCUGGCCGGCAUGAUGCGUGGCGAGGACGUGAGCGCGUCACUGCCUGAAUGCUAUCUGGCGACCGAGGACAGACUAUCCUCUCUUGGUGCAGACAGGGCAGCAGAGCGGUUAUUCGGAUAUUGA